AUCCAUCACCCGACCCGUUAAUCCGACCCAUCACCCGUUUAUUUAAAAAAAACAUUUUUUAGGUUCAAUCCUCAAGGCCCAACUAAAUGUCCAAAUCUAAAAGCCCAAUGCCCAACCUAAUUUUCCUAAUUUUUAUAUGCAAAUUACUGUGAUUUUGAACUUAAUUUGAAUUGUGGUUGUGGAUCUAUGGUUUUAUCGGUUGAAACUUUAUUUUUCUGAAAUUUUAUGGUUAGCAUUAUUUUGAGGUAAUUUCACCCGAUUAUAACCCGAUCCAUCCGUUCACCCGGAAGUAAAUGGAUGGAUGGAUUCGGGUGGUGAUUUUUCCGGGUGAUGGAUGGAUCGGGUGGUGCGGAUGGUAGCGGGUGAUGGAUGCGGGUGAUGCUCCACCCGCCCCGAACCCGAUCCAUUUACAUCUCUAAAUGAUAUAUUUAAGACUUUCCUUAUCUUGUAAAUUACUUUCCAAGUCAUAUUAGGUUAUUGAAUAUUUAUUUAGAUAGGUUUUCAUUCUUUUUAUCUCUCCUCCUCCCUUUUCACGUAAUUUUUAGGUUUUAGGUUUAGUUUAGUUUUCUCCUCUCUUCCUCUCUAGUUUUUAGUGAAAACCCUAGUUUUUAUUCUUUUUCAUUAAUUCAUGAGUUCUAUUAGUUUCUUUCACUGAUUUCUUUAAUUAUGUUUUCUUUUAUAGUUUUAGAUUUCAUUAUUUAUUUCAUGAUAGAGUAGUUCUUUUAUCUAUGGUUAAGUUGAACCCUAGUAUGAUUUAAUUCAUGAUUGUUUCUUUAAAUUCUCAUAUUAAUUGUUAAUUGUUCUUGCUUGAUUGAUUGUGCAUAUUCCAAUACUAGAUUAGGGAUAACUAGUAUUGUUAUGAUUCCAUUGUCUUGAUCACAACGGGAGUUGGAUUUUGACGGAUUUGAGUAUUUCAAUUAAGGACAUGAAGUUCUCCACGGGAGUACGUAGAAUGGAUUGUUAGGAAGUUAAAGUGUCGUGUUUAAUGUCUUUAAUUUGCAUGAUUCCACGGGAGUAGGCUUGAAUGCAUAUUAGAGAAGCCAUAGAUACUCGGGAGAGGUUUAUGGUACUUUAUAGGGUGUACUUUUCCUUGUGAACAUUUAAUUUAUUAGUUUGGGGUAGAAAUUAUUUUGUAUUAUUUCGUGCUAGUGGGGAUACUUAACUGUAGAGUCUUUUAUUUAUAUAUUGAUUAGUAUAGUUAAUUCGACGAUCAUUGAUAUUAACCUCCUUUAGUCUUACCAUUAUUUAAGGACUAAUUAUAGAACAACUUUCUCUCUGUGGGAUCGACUCUGACUUACCCUACUACAUAGUUAGGAGGAUUAGUUAGAUUAUUUAUUUUUGUUAGGUGCGCGACACGCCUGUCAGUACCUCAAACCAAAAGGAUUCGAAGAUCUAGUGGAGCUAGAAAUCCAGGUUAUAACUAUUAUGAUAGUGAGGACAUUGAAGACUUUGAAGAUGAAAUGUUUACUCUAGAGAAGUAAAAAGAAAAUAAGGAUAGGAAUGAUAAUGUCACUCCAUAGAAUAUUUAUUCAUGUUCUAAGAUUAGUAGUUGAAUAAGUAGCUAAGCUAAAUUGGUUUAAAUUUCCUUUUUUUAGCAUCUUUAUUUCGUUGAGCAAUAAGUUUGGUUAUUUUGGAUGGAAAAAAUAUUAUUAUCAACGUUUUGAGAAAUGAAAGUAAUUAUUUAGUUAUUCUAGUUGAGUAAGAAUUUAUUACGCGAAUGGGGAAUAUUUUAUUUGAUUGUUUUGAUUGAUUCCAUUUGAUUCGUACAUAUUAUUGAUGUGAAUGUUUAUUCAUGAGUGAGUAUGUGAUUUUAUGGUUCAUAGUGAUUGAAUAUAUUCCAGACUUGAUACAAAUUGUAUUAACAGUUAUUAUACCCAUUUACAAAAUCACCAAAACAAAAUUAACAAAAAAUAACAGCUAAAUUGCAUUAUAAUUACAAAAAAAUACAAUAAAAAUACAAACAAAUUUCCAAAAUAAUUACAAAAAGCAACAUGAAAACGAAACAAAAAUUAAAGGAAUUAAAAAGAAAUAUGAAUAUUCAAGUAUUACAAAAAUCCAGAAAUUAAAAGAUGCAAACAAUAACUUAUGCAAUUGUUGAAAAACUCAUAUUGAGAUGCAUCAAAUAAUCCAUCACCUGCAAUUUAAAUCCUCAUCUGCAUACUUUUUCUUCAAAAUCGAACUGCACCGACUUCGGCUUCGAGCCAAUGAAAUCCUCAUCUGCAUGCUUUUUCUUCAAAAUCGUAACGAAUUUGAACUGGGUCGCGAGUUUUGACAGCGACGGCGGCGAGUUCUGAUCUUUAAACAAACCCUAAAUCUUAUACAACGAAGUCGAAUGAAGGCGGCGACGACGACAAAAGGUUGGUGUUUGCUCUUGGUGGUUGGUUGGUGAAACGAUGGCUGGUGGUGAUUGUCGUGUGUGGUGUGUGUAGGUGGAAGUGUGGAGAGAGAGAAGAUGCAAACUCGUGAGGAGAGAGAAGACGGGGCUCAGGAGAGAGGGAGAGAGGAAUGUAGAGUGUGGAGCGUCUUAGGGUUAGGUUUUAUUAGGGGGAAGAUUCGGCCAGCGAUUUUGGCGAUGAUUGGGCAAGACAUUUUGGCGAAGAUUGGGCCAACACUUUCGAAAAAAAGAAAAAUCUAAUGCGGUCCACCAAAACCGCAUCAGUUUUUGUAAUCUGAGACGGUCCACAAGAGGACCACAUCAGAUUGUCCUUCCACCUUUCCUUCCCAUUUUUAAUGUUGAUUUUCAGAUGCAGUUUUACAAAAACCGCAACUGUUAUUAAGUGACAUAUAAGAUUUUUUCCACUAGUGAUAGGUGGAAUAUUUAACGCUAGGUAUAACCGUAAAAGGGAGGCCUUUGUGCUACAUCUACACUUAAAGGCCCACAGGCUCUCACUUGAACGGACGUAAUAUAGUAUAAAACUAAUUCUGGAACUUCAACUAUAAGCUUAAGCUUUUUGUUAAGUUGAUUCUUUGACAAUUGAUAUUAUGAAAAGUUACACUAAAACAAAUUACAAAUUCAACAACAUUUUUAUAUCAUCAUUUUUAUUUUAUACAUUAGCAAAAUAAUACGAUCAAAAAAGGUAUGUGAAUAUCGUAAAAGUCAAACUAUUGCUUAAAAACAGAGUAUAAGAAACUAAAGUGAAAAAUUUUCAUAAAAUUUGAAAUGUCAACAAAGUUUGAGCAAGGAUACUACUAAGGACGUGCAAAACAUGUAAAGCACGUCGAAAAUAAGAAGUUAAAUUGGUGGGGACAUUAACGGUUAGAGACAUGAACCGAAUUUCGCGCCCAACAACUAAAAUUCUUCCCCAUGAAACCCCCCUGAAUUCUUCUGCUCGUUGACACCAUCUAUCAAAGGCUCCAAAAUAUUUCAAUUCUCUCUCUUCAAUUUUAUUUUUUUCUCUCUCUUCUUUCUGUUUGCAGAUCACAACGCCUCUUUCAAUCAAUUUUCUGGAUGACACAUUAAUCUUUUUCCAUAAUUUACCGGGACUUGAUAUAGCUGGAUAUUAUUAUCUUAGGCUGAAUUCAAGGUGAAAUUCAAUAAUUCUUCAAACAAUACAAUUCAAUUGUGUUUUGAGAAGGGUGCUGCACCAACAACUUGAACUAUGUUCUGCUGUGGAGGUGCAGAAGAGGAAAACGCCGGUCCACCUGCUAAUCAAAACACAGCCCCUCCUAGAGGCAAUAAUCCAGUUGGUGGGGAUAGAGGAGAGCCACGAACUAGUAAUGCAGCAAGAAGUGGAGCUCCAAAGAAAGCUUUACCAAUAGAAUUGCCGGCUUUGUCAUUGGAUGAACUCAACAAAUGUACCAGCAAUUUCAGUCAGAAAACAUUGGUUGGAGAAGGUUCUUAUGGCCGAGUAUUCCAUGGCAAGUUAAACAAUGGCCAAGAGGCUGCAAUUAAGAAAUUGGAUACGAGUUCUGCGCAGGAUUCAGAUUCUGAUUUUGAAGCUCAGUUGUCAAUAGUUUCAAGACUAAAGCAUGAGCAUUUUACAGAGCUUGUGGGUUAUUGUUUGGAUCAAAGUAACAGAAUAUUGGUUUAUCAGUACGCAACAAUGGGUUCUUUACAUGAUGUAUUGCACGGAAGGAAAGGAGUACAAGGUGCAGCACCAGGGCCUGUUCUAACAUGGUUACAGAGAGUAAAAAUUGCGUUUGGAGCUGCAAAAGGUUUAGAGUACCUUCAUGAAAAGGUGCAGCCAUCAAUUGUUCACCGUGAUGUUAGAUCUAGCAACGUCUUGUUGUUCGAUGACUUCAUGGCAAAAAUAGCUGACUUCAACUUGACAAGUGCAUCUUCAGACACAGCAGCUCGCUUACACUCUACUAGAGUCCUAGGAACUUUUGGCUACCAUGCUCCUGAGUAUGCUAUGACAGGGCAAAUAACUCAGAAAAGUGAUGUAUACAGUUUCGGUGUUGUUCUUCUAGAGCUUUUGACUGGAAGAAAACCAGUAGAUCACACUAUGCCGAAGGGACAACAGAGUCUUGUUACCUGGGCAACUCCUCGAUUGAGUGAGGACAAAGUGAAACAAUGUGUUGAUCCCAAGCUUAAUGACAAUUAUCCGCCAAAGGCAGUUGCUAAGAUGGCAGCAGUAGCAGCAUUGUGUGUUCAAUACGAAGCCGACUUUAGGCCUAACAUGACGAUUGUCGUCAAGGCCCUACAGCCUCUUCUGAAUGCUGCUAAUAGACCAGCCGCUGAUGCACAGGCGUGAUAGAAUGAGAUACCAACAUCUUUGAUCAUAUUGUCUUUCAUUCUUUUUCCUCCUUUUUGUGGAAUUUUUCUUUCUAGUAUCUCUUCAUUUAGACAUUUGAUGCAGAAAACAGUUCAGUUCAGAGUCACUGAGAGUCAGUCAGUGUACUAUGUCAUUGCAUUUACACAUUCUUGUGGGUGGCAACAUCAAGUCCCCUUGAUUUUAGGCACAUAAUUUCUCCUAGUUGAGUCUUUUGUGUAAGAUAAAAUUUUAAUGGAAUUUCAAAAGGCAUGCCUGUCUCUUUUUGUGAAUAAUAAAA